CGUCGUAGUAUAGUUGUAGUCGUCGUCCUCCUCCUACUCUACAACCAUCGCAGCCACCGCCACCUCGUCGAACACCACCACCAUCGCCUCGUCAUCGGGCAACGCCGAGCCCGUCCGUCCAGUUCGGUGCGCGCACCAGACGACUGCUCGCCGUGGUCGCAGAAACAUAGGCCUUGCCCGUUUCACCAGUCAUCCGCGUCGUUCCGCUCCACCGUCGCCAUAUUUUGCUGUUUCGCGCCCAUUUCCUCUCGAUCCCUGUUCUACCCUGCACCGCUGCUCGUAGUGACGAAGUUUUUCCGACUGAUUUAUCAAUAUACACGCGCGAGUGGGUACGAGACUACAGUGCGUCGCGUUUCGGUUUUUGAUUUCGUUUUUCGCUCCGACAAGUGCGCGCGAGAAAACCGAUUAUCGACCAGCAAAGUGGCGCGCGCCUACCUACUAGCUUUCAGGACGUCAUCGUCCUGCAUGACGUGAUCACCGUUUGUUGCGAUGAUGCAGGACGACGACGACGACGACUGCGGUCGACGUCAAAAUCAUCUCCGUCACUGAAGGACCCACAUGAAGUUGCAGAUAUUAUGUGGGCGCGCGAAAUGUAGGCGUCGGGCGAGCUAGCAUGCGGAGCGCCAGCACAGUGAGCGGCCCUCUACUGUCUGUUUCAACGCCUGCCAGCCAACAAAACCGGUUCGCUGCCGUCCACCUGCUCACUGGCCAAUUAUUGUAUUUCAUUGUCGAGGGUAAAUCUCGGGUGAAAGAAGUCUUCUCACAGCUGACGACUUACAUGAUUGCUCAAGGAAUGCAGGACGUCCAAUUGUUCGCACUGGCAUUUAUUCUAGACGAAGAAUAUUUUUUCACUGACCCCGAAAGUAAACUGUCUAAGUAUUCGCCAAAAAGUUGGAAAUCCUCUUCGACAUUUGGUCUCGAUCAAAACGGCCAACCUCUACUCCAGUUGCAUUUACGCGUCAAGUUCUACGUCGACACUACUAAAUCUCUACGAGAUGACAUCACCCGGCAACACUAUUAUCUUCAGCUGCGCAAAAAUAUUGCGGACAGGGGAGGCACUACGGAAGACGGUGAUCAGAAUGUACUGCCGUUGGUGGCACUUGGCCUGCAGGCAGACCUCGGCGAUCACACAGCCGACACAGACAUAUCGUCCGAGCUGCUCGAACAAUACCUCCCGUCGAAGGUAUACAAGAUUAACGAGCACAAGGUGAAACAGACGUUGUGCACUUUGCACAAGGGCCAUAAAGGAAUGUCAAAGACUUGCGCGCAGACAAUGUUCGUCCAGGAGGCCGGUCCGGUGCAUAAGUCUCAUCUAUACCGGUUGCGAUUGAAUAAGUCGCAGCCGAAACAGACACAAAGCAGCGCAUUGUCCAUAUGCAACAGCGUGUGGCUGGCUAUUUGUACGAACGGCGUACAGUUAUUUCACGAAAGUUUGUCGCAAGCCCUCAGUUGUUUGUUCUUGUGGAACAACAUCGUCAAACUGUGUUUCGACCGUAAAAAAUUCGAACUAAGACCAUCGAAUGCUGAUCGGCUGGUGUAUUACACAAAUUCGGACGAAAAGAGCAAGAGGCUGUUGGCAUUGUGUCGAGACACGCAUCAAUUUUGUAUGACAGUACACCCGAGGCUUUUGGACACGUUUUUGAACAACAACACAUCUGAUAAGAACGCAUUCGACGGGCUGAAAUGGACCAACGAGAAGAAGAAAUCAAAAUCAAAAUCGAUAAACGACGAUGACACCAUCGAAAAGAAAAAAUGUGAGAAUGGCGGUUGCUCUGAUUCCAGUAUUUCAACGGCCGACCCGAAGACCUCUAUUUCCAAGGACAAGGUGCCGAACGGGAGCAUAUCGUCCAGCGUUGAACUGGGAUACAGCCACACGGCGCAGAACUCGACCGUGUCCGAGUUGGACUACUCGGUGCAGUCGGCGCAGGACAGCAGCGACGCGUACCUCAUGUACAGGCACCCCAGGGCCAGAGCGGCGUACGUGGACAACAGCAACCAAUCGGCGAACACCAGCAGCGGCGUAUACACGUGCGCCAGCUACAGCUCAGCGUCGAAGGACAUGGCGUCCGCGUCGUACACCACCGAAAACUGCAGCUGCAGCGUGGAUUGCAAUCACGGCGGCGGCGGCGGCUACAAGUCGACCACGGCGGCCGUCAUGCAAAAGUCUUCGAUGAUGGCGCAGCAACCGGACGCGGACUCGGCGUACAGCGCGUCGCUUCCGCCGGACACGGUGGCGGCGUCCACGACGUCGGCGGACGAGGACAUGACGAACGGCGGUCAACAGGUCGCCGCGGUCGACGACUGCGACGGCGCCGGUACCGACGAGCUGUACGACCUGUCGGCCGCGGCCACCAGCGACAGUUCGUACUGCAUCGGUGGCGCCACCACCGCGUCCGACGCGGCCCUGUCGUCCGCGUCGUCGUCCAAGUGCGGCGAAACGGGCUGCGGCAACAGGUGCGCGCUGGACGGUUACGCGGCGGACGCGAGUGGCGGCGGGACGAACGGCGUCGGCAUCGGCGGCGGGCGCAGCCGCAGCGGUUCGGUGGUCAGCAACUCGGGCAGCUUUCGCGGCGACGGCAGCGACCCGUCCGAGGGCGGGCGCGGCGCACUCCUAUCCGCCGUCGAGCUGUCCGACCUGAUCGUCGGCCGCAAGUCGCUGCAGACGCCGCGCAAGGGUUUCUACCCUUCCCGGCCGACCACCAGCUCGACGCUGGACUCGGACUCGGAUUACGUGACGCUGCCGCCGCCCAUGAACUUCGUCACCGGCGCCCCGUCCCUGUCCAACCUGUCGCUGGCCAACUUCGACUGCGGCACCGGCACCGCGGCCGCCCACUGGGACGUCCGCCGGUCGUUCGACCUGCUGUCCAACGUGGUCAAGUUCUGCGGCGGCCAUCACCACCACCAUCACCAUCACCAGUGCGUGCAGGUCAACAGCAACAAUUACCUGGACGUGCACAAGAGCGGCGCCGCGUUCUACCAUCACAUCUACCCGGCGGCCGCCGCCGUCGCGUCCGUAGCUCCGCCGCUGCUGCACGCCCGACAACCGCCUCCGCCACCGCCGCCGCCGCGGCCCAAGCGGUUCGACUUGCAGCUGGAACAGUACAAACAGCAGCUCCGGUCCGACGUCGACUUCGUCGUGUACCCGCUCCAAGACCCCGCGGUCAGCCGCCAAGAGUACGUGGACGCCAAGCUGGCCCGCGGCCGCCGACACCAGUACCACAGGUACUACGGCCGCGACCCGCCGUCGUACCAGGCCAACGCGCACUUGUACCGCAGCACGCCGAACGUGGCGGCCGCCGUGUCGCCGCCCCCUCCCCCGCCGUCGUCGUCGUCCGCUUCGUCGUCGUCGCUGUCCCACCAGCAGUAUCACCACCACCACCAUCACCAUCACCUACAGCAACAGCAACCGCCGCCGCCUUUGCCCCCGUUACCGCCGCACCUGAAAUACGCGUCCAAUCAAAACCUGUUGUUCCCGGCCACCGUGGCCGCGGCCGCCGACUACGCGGCGCAACACCAUCACCACCGCCAUCACCGGCUGCAGCCGUUACCGCUGCCGCUGCCCGUCCGGACGUACUCGCACGACGACUUGCUGGCGGCCACCGCGUCAUCGGCGCCGGCCGUGCCUCCGAAAGUGCAGCUGUUCCGCCGGCGGCCUCCGCCGCCGCCGCCGCCCGUGACGGGACUCCAAAAACCCGCGGCCGUCGUCCACCCCCGUCGCACGGCCACCGCCGUGGACGCUUCCACCACCACCAACACUGCCGGCGCGGCCUGCACCACGCCGACAUCGUCGUCCACGACGGUGUUGGACAUCGAAUCGUUGCGGGAAAAGAGUCGCAACUUGGACCUGCCGCUCAUAUCGGCCCUGUGCAACGACCAGACGCUGCUCAAACAGACCAACGCUCUGGUCACCGAAAACAAGGCCACGCAAACGGUGGGCACCACCGCGUCCAUUUCGCUCGCCGCCGCCGCGGCCGCUGCGUCGGCUUCGUAUCAACCGCCGCCGCCGUUGUCGUACCAGUCGUCGCCGUCGUUGCCUUCGUACCAGUCUUCGCCGCCGCUGCCUUCGUACCAGUCGUCGACGGCGCUGCCUUCGUCUUCCGACCAGCAGACACAGUCGUCGCAGGGUAGCGUCGCGUCUACCAACAAGCCGAAUUGCACGAGGUGUACUAACGGCACGUCGUCGUAUUCGUCGCCACCGCCGCCGAGUUUCUUGUCGGUAUCCGCGUCGUCGUCCGUCGUAGCCACUGCCGCCGCCGUUAAGACGGCCAAAUCAAAAACCAGCCACGUCAAAACCAACACAAAUAUUACUUAAAAUUAACCUAAAUAGUACUUAAAUUUAGUAAAAAAAAAAGAAAAAAAAACAGACAAAAAUAUCAUACGAUUACGAAAUGUUUUUCUAUUGUAAAAUAUAAUAUAUAUUAUUAUAAAAGCGUGAAAAACAGUGCCGAGUUAGACGGUUUUUAGGAAAAAGGAAGAAACCCUAAAUCUAUUGUGAAUCGUUAGUGAAAGGAGAUGGGAGUUAUCACAAAUAUUAUCCUAAAGGUCUUGCGGUUACGCCAAAGACGGCUUUUGUUUUGACGAAUACAAAUACUUUGUUAUUAUUUCUGUAAUAAUUCGGGAAUGAGGGUUUCGUCCAGAAUUAUUAUAUUAUACGCCAUAUUUCAUUUUCGUGAUUCGCGAGUUAUCAAAAUAUAAUAUUAUAAUAUACUACACGAAUCAAAUGCGUUUACCCGGUUUCUUUGGUUUUUGCUUAGACAGCCUCCGCGCAUAUAAUUUAGUAUCGUUACCUUAUAUAAUAUUUAUUUAUUUGUGCCAAUUUUAUUUUUAUAUACGUGUACAUAAUUUAAUGGUAACAUAAGUUUUUUUAACACUCGUUACACAACUCGCAUUAAUUAUGCCAAUUUUGAGCAUACAAUAUUUAUAUACAUAUAAUAUAAAAAACAAUGAUUAUAGGACUUGUAUAAAUUCGGGGCAUAAGGCACUUAUUUUACAGUUUUUGGUUUUUAUGCUCCGUCCAAUUUAUAAUGGUAUAGGUACUCAAAAUUAGGAUUACCAUAAAAUAUGUUAUAUGUAAAGCUGAGUUCACAGCUACGUCGUCUGUAAGACUGCAAUGAAUGAUGAAAACGGCCAAUGAACACAACACGACGAAUGAUGUAGCUGUGAAUCUGGCUUAACUUUUUUUGUAAUUGUUUUCCACGAAUUUGGUUGUAUUAAAUGUACUGAUUAUACAAUAUUAUGCUGAUAAGUCAUUUUUUAAUAUUAUCAUGGCCAAUAGACUGUUAUUUUAGCACCGCCAUAAAUAUUAGGAACGUUCAAUUGUUAGUAUUUAAGAAUUUUGAUUAACUCUAGACUUGAUGUGCCAAAAAAAUGAUUGGUCAUAAAUGUACUAUUCAGUUUUACUAAUGAAUAGAAAACGUAAUAAAUGUAUGUCUACAGCCUCAAUUGCCUAUUCUUUUGUUAUUAUAGGACCUAUAAUAUAUAUUAUUAAUAUUAUACA